AUGGCAGAUGGUGAAGAUGUCCAGCCACUCGUCUGUGAUAACGGGACUGGAAUGGUUAAGGCUGGAUUUGCUGGCGAUGAUGCUCCAAGGGCUGUCUUCCCUAGCAUUGUAGGUCGCCCUCGUCAUACAGGCGUCAUGGUUGGCAUGGGCCAAAAAGAUGCAUAUGUUGGCGAUGAAGCUCAAUCUAAGCGUGGAAUUUUGAGUUUGAAGUACCCAAUUGAGCAUGGUAUUGUAAAUAACUGGGAUGAUAUGGAGAAGAUUUGGCAUCACACAUUCUAUAAUGAGCUCCGUGUAGCCCCAGAAGAACACCCAGUUCUUCUCACUGAAGCUCCUCUCAACCCAAAAGCCAAUAGGGAGAAGAUGACCCAGAUCAUGUUUGAGACUUUCAAUACUCCUGCUAUGUAUGUAGCUAUCCAGGCUGUUCUCUCCUUAUACGCCAGUGGUCGUACAACUGGCAUUGUUUUGGAUUCUGGAGAUGGAGUUAGUCACACAGUUCCAAUUUACGAGGGCUACGCUCUCCCCCAUGCAAUCCUCCGUCUUGACCUAGCUGGUCGAGACCUUACAGACCACCUUAUGAAAAUCUUGACCGAACGUGGGUAUUCUUUCACUACCACUGCCGAGCGUGAAAUCGUGAGGGACAUGAAGGAGAAGCUAUCAUAUAUAGCUCUUGACUUUGAGCAAGAGCUGGAAACUUCAAAGACCAGUUCUUCAUUCGAGAAGAGCUAUGAGUUGCCUGAUGGACAGGUGAUCACCAUUGGUGCUGAGCGUUUCCGAUGCCCAGAAGUCCUCUUCCAGCCAUCGAUGAUCGGAAUGGAAGCAGCGGGGAUUCAUGAAACCACGUAUAAUUCUAUCAUGAAGUGUGAUGUGGAUAUUAGGAAGGAUUUAUACGGGAAUAUUGUCCUUAGUGGUGGAUCUACCAUGUUCGGCGGUAUUGCUGAUCGGAUGAGUAAGGAAAUCACUGCUUUGGCACCGAGUAGCAUGAAGAUCAAGGUGGUGGCUCCGCCGGAGAGAAAAUACAGCGUGUGGAUUGGAGGAUCUAUCUUGGCAUCUCUCAGUACUUUCCAGCAGAUGUGGAUUGCCAAGGCCGAGUACGAUGAAUCUGGACCUUCCAUUGUGCACAGGAAAUGCUUCUGAUUAUAUGAAGAAAGAGGAGUUGAAUGAGUAAAUGAUCUUAAUUUCUGGUCUUGGGUAACGGAGUUGCAGCUAAAUAGUUUCUUUUUUAAGCUUUCUUUCUCUUGAAUUUUACUGUUGAAAAAAGUUUGAAG